AUGCCCCUUUCAUAUGGGUUAUCAGAGAAUCCAGAGGUAUUUAUGCCUAGUUACACAAGUAGGAAAAGGUCAAGGGUUAGUUCCACUGAUAGUGGAAUCACGAAUACUGGGCAUGAGCCCGGUUCUUUAAACCUUUUCGAUAAGGAGCAAUUAGCUAAGCUGUUAAUACAUGCACUCAAGGAACUAGGUUAUGAAAAUUCCGCUAUUACAUUGCAAAGAGAAAGUGGUGGUAUUCAAGUAGAAUCUAGUGUCGUACAAAAAUUGUUUAACAUUAUUAGAACUGGACAGUAUCAAAGGGUUACCUUGGCACUUUUAGCACAGUUGCCAUCCAAAUAUGGGACCCUCUAUAUUGAAGGUAUGCAACCACCAAUAGGUUCAGAUCAUAGUCAUGAAGAUGGUUCUAUGAAGAUUGGUAAUAUUAUUUCUCAAGGUACAGAUUGGCAAGGUGUUGUAGUACAGAUGGAGCAAGAACUGAAGAAUUUUGAAAAAUUUUGGCAAGCAACUAGUAAGACCACUCUACAUUCACAAACUGUGGUGCAGAUGAUUACGAUUGUAGAAAUUAUGGUUCUCAUUAAUAGAGAGAUCUUUUUGGAAUUAAUUUUUGAACAAGAUGAUUCACCUUCAGCGGUGUUGUUUCUAAGAAAUAUCCUCCGCAAAUAUAUCCAGCUUUGGGAUUCUUUGUUAUCUCUAGAAAAUGAUUUUUUGGAUGAAGAUGCUACUUUCACGCCAGAAAAUUUGUUGAGAGAAAUGACCACCGUAUUGACUAGUCCUCUAGGAUCCGCACAACGUUCCUCCGUAUGGAGGGGAUCCUUGGAAAAGUCUAGGGAGAUAUUGAUUGAAGAAAUUUCAGACUAUAUCAAUCCCAACGAUCUAGUGCCCAGAGGUAGACUCUUAACUUUACUCAAGCAAGCAAUCAAGUACCAAAGGUCACAAGAUGCGUUCAGCAUAUCGGAUGAUAACGAUAACGAACUCGAUGAACCAUUAAAUGCGGGUGGUGAAGAUGAAGAUUCACCAUACCAGAAGAAAUUUAAUUUGUUACAGGACAACACCUAUAAUUUUCAACAAAUCAAAUUUGUCGAGGAUAAGACUUUGGUUCAGAGUGUGGAUGAAAUUUGGUAUUUGCAAUUCUCUCCAGAUGGCAGAUAUUUAGCAAGCGCCUCUUCUGAUUCUUUAACGGAUCGCAAGAUUAUGAUUUAUGAUGUGGAAAACGAUUUUCAAGUUUACAAGGUGCUAGCAGGAAACGAUCAAUGUAUUGUGUAUCUUUCCUUUUCGCCCGAUAGUAGGUACAUUGUUUCUUGUCCCUUUAACCAAAUGGCCAACAUAUACGACAUUCAUUCGAAAGGUGAUCCGACGAAUAUCAAUCCAGCUGUGCAAAAUGGGAUUGUGGCUGAGGUGAUUCAACCGAUUGAUUCGUUUCAAAUUCCCAGUCCAUCCUCGCCCUCCUCGACGAGCUCCGGGGUUGAAUCAACUACGUGUGGUGGGGCACCGAGAAUUUGGUGCUGCGAUUGGUUUCAUACACCUGAACAUAGAGGUAGGUUCAUCGUAGGUUCACCAGAUCGUGAGGUGGCGAUUUAUGAUAUGAAUAAAAAAUCAAUUUUGUUCCGGCUCUCCGGAUCCACUUUAGCACCUUCCAGUUCCUUGACAGCAUUGAACCAACCUCCUACUGAGCAAUUUCCUAGAGUGCACGAUCUUAAGAUUACUUCUGAUGAUAAACACCUGAUUUUAAUGCCACAUCAGGGAAAUAUCGAUGUCUACGACUUAUCUCAUUUCCCCACGGUAGAUAUGGUAGAAAAGAACGACAUCUCAAUGGAUAAAGUUACAAUAACUCGUUUCUCCAGAUUAAGUGUACAACGCAAAAUGACAUGUGUGUCUUUACCACAGGUACAAGACCCAACGAACCCACUUGCAUCUCUGUUAUUGGUGAGCCUUCAGUCCAACGAACUUCAGCUAUGGGAUUUCAAGGAGCAAAUCUUACUUCAGAAGUAUUUUGGUCAAAGGCAGGAACAGUUUAUCAUUAGAUCAUGCUUCGGAUAUGGGAACAAAUUGAUUGCAAGUGGUUCAGAAGAUGGUAAGGUGUUUUUGUGGGAUAGGAUCAACGGUAAUAUCGUAGGUGUGUUAACCGCUCACAUGGCGGAUCGACCAGUUCCCUCGGGGAGUAACAAAAAGUUUGGGAAGAACUGCAACGUAGUAGUUUGGAGUCCCAAGGACAAGCCUUUGUUUGCUUCAGGAGGUGAUGAUGGGUAUAUAAAGAUUUGGAAAGUGGUCAGGGAAUGA